AUGCUGAAGCUGAAGGGCGCCCUAAUCGCCACGGUGGCGCUACUUGCGGCUGCUUUAGCUCAGCCGCAGCAACUCGUUCCAGGUGACUCUCUGACCACAGGCCAAUCUUUGCUCAACGGGGAGAGGCUUGUUUCAGCGCAGAAAAUUUUUGAGUUGGGUUUCUUUUCAAACGGGAACAGCACAUAUUUAGGAAUAUGGUAUCACAACAUGAAACCUCAAACGAUUGUCUGGGUCGCAAACCGUAAAACCCCAAUCACUGGAGGCAAUGGAAGCCUUACACUCACAGCAAGUUCUCUCGACCUGCUCGACAGGGGAGGAGCUGAAGUGUGGUCAAGUGGAACGCUCAACGCCAUCGACAAUCGUCCACAAGCCUUCCUUCUCGACUCCGGUAACCUCAUCAUCAACGACACAGCCAAUAAUCUUAUAUGGCAAGCUUUCGAUCAUCCCUGCGACUCGUUGUUGCCUGAGAUGAGAAUCGGAUAUGACACGUCCACCGGUGACAACAUGUAUCUCAGGUCGUGGAAGAGCAGUUCAGACCCAUCUCUUGGAGACUACUACCUCAAGCUUGAUCCGAAACGGUUGGGCACAUGGAAUGGACAAGGGUUUAGUGGAAUUCCUGCACUCAGGGCAAACAAUGAGCUGGCGUUUAACAUGACUAUCAGCGGAAGCAGCGUGUAUUACUCCUUCACAGUUGUGGACACAUCCAUCCUGUGGCGCUUCGUCAUAAGCCCAGAUGGCCUUGCCCAUCGCUGGCACAGCAACCAGAACAACGACUGGGUCGAAUACUGGCAUCUGCCUCAGGAUCAAUGUGAUAGUUACGAGUACUGCGGUCCGAACGCGGUUUGUGCCAACGGUGACUGCAAUUGUCUUCAGGAAUUCACUCCUAGAUCACCAAGUGAUUGGACCCAGAGGAACUUUGACGGUGGUUGUGUGAGGAAUGUGGCGCUUUCUUGCUCGUCUGGUAAUGGUUUUGCACAUCUGUCACGGGUCAAGGUUCCGGACACGUUAAAUGCCACCAUGGUCCCUGGCAAGAGCUGGGAUGGUUGCAAGGAUUUGUGCCUGGGAAACUGCUCCUGCAGUGCUUAUACUAUGUUUGGAGAGAGUGACUGUGUGCUCUGGUUCGGCGAUCUGGUAGAUAUUGUUCAGCUUGCUGAAGGGAUCAAUGAUUUGUACACUCGAGUUUCUCAUAGCAACACAUCUCAUUCAGGUCGAGACAUUGCUAUCAUUAUUUCUGUUUCUGUCAUUGGGGUAGUGCUGGUGAUUUCUGCAUUGCUAGGGUUUUGUUAUCGUCGAAGUCAACAAAAACAUUUACCACUAGCACAUGAGCUUUCUGGGGCAGAGCAUGAGAAUGCUCCAGGGUCUAAGCUUGCAGCUACCCUUGAGAAGAAUUUAGACUUGGAUGAUAUUAGAGUUGCCACCAACAAUUUUGCUGAACAAAAUAGUAUUAUUUCUGCUCGAUCCAGGACCAUCUACAAGGGAACACUACCAACCAUUGGGGAUUUGGUGGUCAAAAGGCUAAAUACAGAAGCAGGACUUGAGGAGCUAAAAAAUGAGGUGAAAAUGCUCGGAAGGCUUGACCAUCCGAAUAUCAUAAGAAUGCUGGGAUCUUGCAUAAAGAAUAAUGAGAUGGUGGUAUGCUAUGAAUACAUGUCUGGUGGUAGCCUUGAUGCUGUUCUUUCUGCUGAAGAUGAGAGGAGCGGAAUCCCCGACUGGACUUCACGUUUAUGCAUCAUUCAGGGGAUUUGUGAAGGAUUGUUAUAUCUUCAUGAGCAUUGUAGAAUUGUUCAUCGUGAUAUAGAACCUAGUAAUAUCGUUCUUAGUGAUGGCUUCAUACCCAAAAUUUCAGAUUUUAGUCUUGCAACUCUGCUUGAUCAAGGUCAAUCUGAAGGGAAGGCUGAGAACAUCAGGAGAACACCGUGA